CAGCUAUGGAUCCCGGGGCUCCGGGCUCCGCGCUCACCCUGUGCCUCUGGCUAGCGGUUUUGGGGGGCUGUCUGGCCUCGGGGUCCAGCUCUGCUCGGCGGCUGGACGAGUCGCUGUCGGUCGGGAGUGUGCAACGCGCCCGCUGCGCUUCCAGGUGCCUGAGCCUCCAAAUCACUCGCCUCUCGCAGCACUCUCAGGUAAGGAAGGCCCUGAGCAACGGGUCGCUGCUGUGGUGUCAGAAUCAUAAGCAAUGCUCCAAGUGUCUCGAACCCUGCAAGGACGCCUGGGACUUGAGGAAGCAGCAAUGCCAGAGCUUCUGCGAGUCCCUGUUCCCCAAGAAGAACGCGGAGUGUCUCCUCAGCUGCGCCUUCCUCAGGGCAGUGCUGGCCGUCAAGCAGGGCGAGUGUCCGGCCCCCGAGAAGGCCAGCGGCUUCGCGGCCGCCUGCGUGGAGAGCUGCGAGGCCGACGGAGAGUGUUCGGGCGUGAAGAAAUGCUGCUUCAAUGGCUGCGGGCACACCUGCCAGGUGCCCAAGACGCUCUACAAAGGGGUCCCCCUGAGGCCACGGAAGGAGCUGCGCUUCACGGAGCUGCCGUCGGGCCAGCUGGAGGUGCGGUGGUCCUCCAAAUUCAACGUCUCCAUCGAACCCGUCCUUUACGUGGUGCAGAGACGCUGGAACUUCGGCAUCCACCCCAGCGAGGACGACGCCACGCGCUGGCAGACGGUGGCCCAGACCACGGAUGAGAGACUGCAGCUCACAGAUCUGCGGCCCAGCAGGUGGUACCAAUUCCGAGUGGCCGCUGUCAACAUACAUGGGACUCGAGGCUUCACGGCGCCCAGCAAGCAUUUCCGCUCGGCCAGAGACCCGGGGGCCCCCCCGGCCCCUGCCAACCUGCGGCUGCUCAACUCCACGGCGCACAGUGACGGCAGCCUGACAGCCACCGUGGGCUGGGACACCCCCGAAGAGCCGGACACACCAGUGCACCAUUACAAGGUCUUCUGGAGCUGGGCAGCUGACAGCGCCAGGUCCCCGGUGCCCAGCAGGAAGAAGCGAAGGAAGACCACAGACGGGGCCCAGCAUGCCGUGAGCCUGGAGCAACUGCAGGCGGGCUGCGAGUACACCGUGGAACUGCAGGCCGUGGCUUACUGGGGCCAGCAGCGCCUCAAGAGCCCGAAGGUCGCCUUCCAGUUCACAGCCGCCCCCAGCUCCAAAGAAACCCUUGGAAAGAACCGGAAAACCACAACGUCCAGGCAGCUGCCUUUCCACGUUCGGCGGCCGUCACGGCCUCUGGAAGUGGGGACCCCCUUCCUCCAGGACCACCAGCUCCAGGUGAAAAUCUACUGGAAGAACGCAGAAGAACCGGGUCUGACCCGCUACCACGUGGAGUGGCUGCCGGAAUUUUGCAUCCACAACAGCACCACAGGGUCCGGGGUCUCCUCCGGGACCACCCAGGAAAACUAUCUCAUUCUCCAAGACCUGGCCUUUUCCUGCAAGUACAAAGUGACCGUGCAGCCCGCCUGGCCCACAGGCCGCCGGAAGGCCGAGACCGUCUUCUUCACCACCCCGGCUUGCUCCGCACUCAAGUCCAAGAGCCACAAACUGAGCCGCUGCCCCGGAGAAGCGGGCCCAGCGCUCGCCAAGGUCCUUGCCAAGCCCGAAAACCUGUCCGCGUCCUUCGAGCUCCACGACGCCAACGUCACGGGCCACUUCUCCUGGCAGGUGGCUGGUGCCAACCCAGCUCAGCCACUUACGGGGUUCCAGGUGACGUGGGCAGAGGCCACUCCGGAGAGCCGCCACUCCAGUCUCCCCAAUAGCCUCAUCUCGCAGUCGCACGUCCUGCCCGCGGAUCUCUCGGUACUCACCGUGUCCAACCUGAGGCCGGCCACCCUCUAUCGCCUGGAGGUACAGGCGCUGUCCUCGGGGGCUGAGGGCCCUGCCACCGUACGCACCUUCCGGACGCCAGAGCCUCUGCCGCCUUCCUCUCACAGUGAGUGGCGCCUGCUACAGGGAGCCGGCUCGGCGCGCCAGGGAGCGGGGCCUGGACUCCACUUGAAGCGCCGCGACCCCUUCCACUACAAGCCGUCCCCGGGGAAGUCCUAG